GCAUCAUACCCCAGUGAGACCCCGUCAUCAGGAAUCCUGCAAUUCUGCAAUCGAGGAUCGCGAUGUCAUAUCGGAUGGCGUCAACGGUGAUGCUCAUGCUUGUGGUCGCUGUCGGAGUGGGGAUUCUAUUCUUGGCGACUACGAACCGAGUACGAGCGAAACGACGCAAAACAUACACCGCAACAAGAACUACAACAACAACAACUGACAUCCGCGAAACAAUGGACUCCGUGUCAAAACUGAACCCCUUCACCUCCCAAGAACAACCACAAGGCCAGAACGCCGCACAGGCUGGUUCCUCAACGCCCUCGCACACCGAAGAGCAAAAGCGCUACUUCUACGAUAACCUCCCCGAAUCCGAGAAAAAAGACAAGUCCUACACGGAGUGGGUCAAGGAGGCGUACAACGAGCAGUAUGAGAAGUGGAUGCCGUGGCUGGAGGACCAGUACCUCAAGUGGUUUGGGAAGGGGGAUAACAAGGCUUCGUAUGCGACGAAGGACACCCUCUCCAAAACCAAAGUCACCGGGAUCGACAAGGUCGACCAGCUCCAGGACGAUGUGAAUAACCUCGUCGGGAACCAGGUUGGGGAGCGCGGGUUCCUGGCUCCUGUUGGAAACGUUGCAUCCAAGGAGGGUGUCAACCGUGCUGAGCGGGGUGGGAAGGAUGAGAAUGGUUCAUAUGGCGGGCCGCUUGGGGGUGUGACGGAUCCGAUUGUCGACGGGGGAAGGAAUGUCGGCCAAGGUAUCAGCAGCGGUGCGCAGUCAGUUGGGAAUAGUGUUGGGUCUCUCUUCGGUGGAGGGAGUAAGUAAGUGAUGUGCAAUUCUUUGUGGCAGAGAUGUCUGUACCGGUUGUGCUUUCGGGUGCUGGGAUUUGACUUACGUUCGAUGUCAUGUAUAAUCUGUGAUACCUCUUUUGAGCAAUAAUACGCACUUUUGCCAUUU